AUCGCAGAUAACCACCAACUACCCAACUUAUAGCCGAGCACAAGAGCAUACGGAAAUGUGAUAAAACUUAGCGCGGGACAUCGGCACUACGGGGUAAGUCCUGAGCCAAGGUUUACGUAGUAAAGUGGGUAUCUUCUCUGUACGGUUCUAUCUCGAUUUCAAUAUCUCAUCUCCCUCUUCUAUACUCAUUUCAGCAAACGAAUCCAUUCUCUGGCCCUUCUAGCCAUAUCCAUCAUAAUGCCGUCCCCCGCUUCCCCGAAAGUUGUUGUGGACAUGGACGCAUACCGCAAAACGCAUGUCUCCCAGCUUCUCUCUCUCGCCUCCAAAACCGUAGUCAUCACCGGCGGUGCGCGUGGCCUCGGCCUCUCCUUUGCCAGAGCCUGUGCCGAAGUAGGCGCCAACAUUGCCGCCUUCGACCGUCUGGACACACCCCACUCGGACUUUGCGCUGCUAGAAUCCGAGUGCGGUGCUAAGGCAAAGUUGUACAAUGUUGAUGUCACCGAUGCGGCAGGGCUAGAGGCAGCGUUUGAGAAUGUGAAGAGAGAUUUCGGGAGUGUGGAUUGUUGUAUCACAGCAGCGGGAAUUGGUAUGGAGAAGCCAUUCCUCGAGACGACGACGGAGGAACUGAAAUCUCUGCUUAUGGUUAAUGUCCUCGGCACAUUUCUCACCGUGCAAAUAGCAGCCAAACACAUGAAAGCCCAAGGCACCGGCGGCUCUAUCCUGACCGUUGCUUCGGUCGGAGCACACUGCGCUGUGCCUGGGAAGUUGAUUGCUGGGUACUGCGCGACGAAAGGUGGUGUGCUGGCGAUGACGCGAGCAAUGGCUGAUGAGUUGAUCCCAUGGAAUAUCCGUGUAAACUCGAUUAGUCCUGGGUUCGUUUGUCUUUUUUUAUUUUCUUUCUUCCUUCUGCAUUUUCUUCAUUCUUUUUGGUAACAAUGGUAAUCCUUCUUGGCUGUUCAAGGUAGAAGAGACAACAACAGAAAUAUGAGUCACAGAAGUUAAUACAUGGCGCCGAAAAGAUAUAUCCUAACCGAUAUGACCAUCCGCAACAUCGACCAGCGUCCUAAUGUGAUCGCUGAAAUCGAAGAAAACGUGCCGAUGCGUAAACUUGGCGACCGUCGGGACCUGAAGGGUGCGGUGGUCCUGUUACUGAGCGAGGCGAGUGCGUACACGACGGGUACGGAUUUGUGUAUCGAUGGCGGACUUGUAGCACAUUAGUAUAGUAUUUAGCAUAUAAUCAAUGCGAG